CGAGUGCCUCAACAGGGAAAAAGUGCAGUCGACAGAGAAGCGUACGCAUACUCACACACUUAAUCGGAUACACAUUUCGCUGUACAACAGAACACUGACUCAUAUAUGUUCAUGGACACACGGAAAGUGGACCUCUCUACAACGUCAUUAAAGAGUAAACAGUCGAGAAUGAAGCGGGAUUUAUGGAUAUAAAGCUUAGAGGAACUGAAAUGGGCGGUCUGCUGUUGCUGUUGCUGCUCCGGAGCUGCCUGCUGUCGGUGGUUUACGGCUCACCACUCCUCCUCUUUGCCAACCGACGUGAUGUACGAUUAGUAGAUGCAGAAGGUGUGCGGGGUGAGUCUGCCAUUGUUGUUAGUGACCUGGAGGAUGCAGCAGCAGUGGACUUCCUGUAUGCUGAGGGCCUUAUAUUUUGGACUGAUGUUAGUGAGGAGGCGAUCAAACAGACCCACUGGAAUCGGUCAUCUAACUCACUUAAAGAGGCACUGGGAACUGGUCAGGCAGUUGUAGUAUCUGGACUGGACAGUCCUGAUGGGCUGGCCUGUGACUGGCUGGGGAGAAAGCUCUACUGGACAGACUCAGAGACCAACCGGAUUGAAGUGGCCAACCUCGAUGGCACCUCCCGAAAGGUUCUGUUUUGGAUGGACUUAGACCAGCCCAGGGCUGUCGCUCUCAACCCUGCUCACAG